AAAUUUUUUGGCAGUCGUGGCAAUUUUGUGUUUUUGCAAUUGACAUUUCUCAGAUUUGUACGCUUUCUACUUCUUGAAACAAGUUUGCCUUUUAAAGGAUACGACUUCCAGGAUGAAGGCCCUAAUUCUCGUUGGUGGGUAUGGAACAAGGUUGAGACCGUUGACUCUGAGUCGUCCAAAACCACUUGUCGAGUUUGCAAACAAACCAAUGAUGCUCCAUCAAAUUGAAGCAUUGGCCAAGGCUGGAGUAAAGUAUAUUGUAUUGGCUGUCAGCUACAGAGCAGAGAUGUUGGAAAAAGAAAUGAGGGUCGAGGAGGAGAGGCUCGGUAUCAAAAUCACACUUUCUCAUGAAACAGAGCCUAUGGGAACAGCUGGUCCACUUGCCCUUGCCAGAGAUGUAUUGGCUCAAGAUGACGAGCCUUUCUUUGUCUUGAAUAGUGAUGUUGUGUGUGACUUCCCAUUCAAGCAAAUGCUGCUCUUCCAUAAACAUCACGGAAAGGAGGGCACGAUAGUGGUAACAAAAGUAGAGGAGCCUUCCAAGUAUGGUGUUGUGGUGUAUAGUCCUGAAACGGGUCAGAUUCAACGAUUUGUGGAAAAACCUGUGGAAUUUGUGUCAAAUAAGAUCAAUGCAGGCCUUUAUAUCUUUAGUCCUUCCAUGCUCAAGAGAAUACAGUUACGUCCAACAUCGAUAGAAAAAGAAGUUUUCCCUCCCAUGGCAGCAGACGGAAAUCUCUAUGCAAUGGAACUACAAGGAUUCUGGAUGGAUGUAGGUCAGCCAAAAGACUUCCUAACGGGAAUGUGUCUCUAUCUAAACUCUAUCAAUGAAAAGCAGCCUGGAACACUAUAUACUGGGCCAGGUGCUGUGGGAAAUGUAUUGGUGGACCCCACUGCCAAAAUAGGAAAGAACUGUAGAAUAGGCCCGAAUGUGACCAUUGGCCCUGACGUGGUCAUAGAGGAUGGUGCCUGCAUCAAACGCUGCACGAUUCUCCGUGGUGCUCACAUCAAGUCACAUUCCUGGUUAGACAGUUCCAUCAUUGGAUGGCGGUGUACAGUUGGACAAUGGGUACGAAUGGAGAAUGUGACUGUCCUUGGUGAAGACGUCAUUGUGAAUGACGAGCUGUACAUUAAUGGAGGUCGAAUCUUGCCACACAAAUCAAUAUCCGGUUCGGUGCCAGAGCCACAGAUCAUCAUGUAACUUGUCAUCAUGUCCAGCACACAUAGGCAGCUGAAUUUAGAGCAGCUGAAAUUUCCUUUGACCAAGUUGCACAUUGACCCGUGCUGGUUUUCGGUCACUCUGAUGCUCUUAAUUUGGUGCUGUGCUAUGCUUAACGUUUCAUGCAUAACUAAAGACGUUCCACACAACUGCUGAAAUAUAUAUGGAACUUAUUGAUGUUCUUAACAAACUGGUCGAUGAGUGGACAUAUUCACCAUUAAGUUUAUACCCAUGACAUCUUCCGAAGUCACUAUAGGUAUUCUUAAAUGAGAUUAGAGCAAAAAUUGUUGCUGAAGACGCCAUAUCUUAGUGGGUGUCCCUUUGAUAAAUUCUGUUGUUCUGUUGCAUUUCAUCUGGUAGUCUAUUCAGGAAUUGUGGUAACAGAUUACUACAUUGAUGAGGAUUUUUCUCAGGUAGGCCGUCCGUUUAACACAGCUUCGAACAAUGGCCACCAUUGAUAAUGUGCUAAUAAACGAGAGAUCAUUUUUCUAACGGUAUUGACUGGAAGUCAAACUUGAGUGCAAAUUCAUGCACAAAAAUGUGACUUAUUAUAACAGCUUUCUUACACACUAUAUAUAGCCUUAAUCUGGUUUUGAAGAAUCACACCAGUGCCAGUACAUUUAUUUUUUUAUACUGCAGAAAAAUGAUUCAUCAGAUCUGAAGUUAACUGUUAAGGAUGUUCUGGGCCCAGGUGCUCAAUUGGCGUUGGCACUAACGUUGGAUUAAGUCCUAAUGCUACUAUUAUAAAUGAAAUUACUUGAGAAAUUAACGCUUCGUUCAGCUAAUGCUGGCAUUUGUCUCUUACGCCAAUUGAGCCACUGGAACCAGGUCUUUUGUCAUGAGCUGUAAAAUGUUUAUUUGGGUUUAAAAAGUUUAUUUGAGUGUCUAAGUUAUGAAAUUUUUGAUUUGGUGGUGAAUGAAAGGCCUACUUUUGUGUGUUCGUUCCAAAUGCUGUUCUGCUAGACUUGUAUUGUUGUUGAAUACCAAGUUAAAGGAUGUGCAGUCUACAUGGAACAUCUAUUACUAUUGCUACUUGAACAAAGAACAAGAAGCAUUCUAUCUACUUAAUAUGUGACUCGCUCUACCAAAACUAGACGCUUGUCGCAUCUGGACUCGACAGGUUGAUACGGACUUGUUGUUCAUUUCCCUAUUGUAGACCUUUUGUGAAAUCUAUUACAAACUGAUUUGGUCACAUUUCACAAAAGGUCUACAAUAGGGAAAUGAACAACAAGUCCGUAUCAACCUGUCAAGUUCAGAUGCGACAAGCGCCUAGUUUUGGUGGAGCGAGUCACAUAUGUCACAACAUUCCACAGUCAGUUUUAUGAAUGCCUUGGAGUUUCGUAUCGCAUGUUAUGGAAUUCUUUUGUUUUGUAUUAGUCCAAGUAGCACCGAGCUGUAUAAGAACACAAAGGUCAUGGAAAGUUAGUGCAUGUUUGACAUUAGUAAAAUCUAUACUUCAAAAGUGCCAGUGAACUGAAUUCUUGGUGUAUUACAUGAAUCAAUAUUUGAUUUCUCUUUGUAGUAGUCGGCUAAAACUAGAAGGAACUGCUUCUCUAUCAAUUGGACACCUUUCACAUGCAUGGUCACUUCCUCUUUAUGGUUAAUUUAGAGGAAAUCACUUGGCAAUGGUAGUCUAUAUGUGCAUGUAGUGAUUUUAUGAGUGAGGUCUGUCUCAAUGUACUUACUACAACUGUCUCGACACUAUCAUAGUUGCGCUUACAUGUACCCUGUACACACAUUUGCAUAAUAGGUACAGUGCAAUGUACAUAUCAUCAAGGAGCACUGAACCAUCGGUCUGUGAAUCUUAUUGAUGAUGUACGUAUAAGUCUUUGGAAUGAGCGAAAUUAAGAAGUCUGUGCGUGUCAUAUUCAUUUAAAGCUGCCUUCAGAUGGUAAGCUAGAGAGACAUUUGGAUGAAGUGCUAACAAUACAUGUACUUUGUCACAUAUCUUCCUCUUUUUGUAACCAAUUCUAUGAUUAUUAUUUUCUUGCUAACUGCUAACUUGCCACCAAGGUAAAGGACUUGCAAAACUCAGCAGCCUCAUUCAUCUGAUGCAGGUGAAUUUGGCUGGAUUGCAUGAGGCUGUUGAUUUCUGUGAUUUCCUAAACCAUUGGCUUCUGCUUGUGUUCUAUCCAUAACAAUUUGGAGAAAUUUCUGUAUAUAAUUAAAGGUAUUGGAAAAAGAAUAAAA